CUUAAACUAAUGUUCUCACAAAAUGGUAAAACGACUUUUUGUUGUUUAUAUUUUACAGCUCUGCCAUCAAAGUGAGUAUGUUUUAUUUGUUUUAUAUGCCUGAAUCAUUUUCUUGUUACAGUGUUAGAUUGCAACAGUGUGGGGAGCCCAGAGAAAAAUGUCACGUAUUGUGUAUUAUUGUGUAUUAUUGUGUAUUAUUGUGUAUUAUUGUGUAUUUGGUAUAUAUAUAUAUUUUUUUGGAUAUGUACUCCACAACAUAGAACAAAAAGAAACAAGUUUAUGCUACAGAAAUGUUAUAUUUUGUAUGUGUGCGAACACUUUGUAGUGUUUUAUAUAUUUACUAAUUUAUUUAUAGUUCAAUUUUAUAGGAAUAUAUUAGUACAGAUGAUGUACCCAGGGAAAGCACACUACUAUUCACACACUGAGUUACAAAAGGAGAAAACAAAAAAGCACCGUAUAAGUAUCGUUAUGUAUCAGACAUAAUAUUGCAUUUAGAAAUAGGAAUGUGUGUAUACAUGUUUCCUAUGAAUGCGUACAAUAAUACAUUAAUUUGUACAAUUCACAAUCUUAUAAAUCUUUUUUCUUUAGGAUAAUUUUUAACUUACAAUUAGUCAUUUAAGUUAGUCUGCAAUUAGAAUUUAUAUGAACAUGGUACAGUAUCACACAUAAUGUUACUGAAUUCAGUCGGCUUAGAUCGAAAAUCUUGAUAAACCAUUGACUAGAGUGCAGAGAGUAGUUGUGAAUGGAAACAUUUCAAGUUUUCAAGUUGGACAAAUGUGAAGUGUGGUGUGCCACAGGGUUCUUUCCCUGGGUCCAUUUCUCUUUAAUCUGAUUAUAAAUUAUAUUGAAGUGGACAUUGAAAGUCAUGUGUCACUGUUUGCAGAUGACACAAACUCAGUCUGAAAAUGAUAUAACUUCUCUACAGAGGGAUUUCAAUAAAUAGGAGGGUCUGGACAGGCAAGAGACAGAAAAUAGUCAAUACAGACAAAUGUAAAGUUAUGCAUUUUGGAAAAAGAAUCCACAAGCAAUGUGUACAUUAAAUGGGGUUACAUUAGGGAUAACAUUAAAUGAAAAGGACAUAGGGGAACUUAAAGAUAGCAAACUAAGCAACAUAAUGCAAUGCCGGUCUGCCGUUGCAAAGGAUAGUAAGGUGCUGUCAUGUAUAAAAUGGGGUAACGAUUCACAUGACAAAGAUUGAAUUUUGCCUCUUUAUAAGUCAGUGGUAAAACCCUACCUUGUACAUGCUUUGCAAUUGUGGGCACCAGUUGUAAAGAAUGGUAUUACAAAAUCAUGGACAAUAAAAUGAAAAGGGGGACAGAAGACGUUAUUAAUGGAGAAAUGUUAGAAAAACUGCAUUUAUUUUUCUUAAGAAAAAAAAAUCUGAUAUGAUAACAUAUACAAAUAUAUACAGAAUCAGUACAAACCACUAACAUGUUCAUUAGCAGGAAUAUACAAAAGACAAGAGGUCACCUAUUGAGACUGGAAGAAGGGCAUUUUCGUUUACAGCAAAAUAUAUUUCUUAAGAAAAAGACAUGGAGAUUUUUUAAUAAAACAAAACAGAAUGUUAAAGGAUAUAAUUGAUAUGUAUAGGACCAGGGUGUUGAUCCAAGAAAAAAUCUAAUUUUGAAAUCAUCAAUUCACUUUGUUUUAAAAAGGAAAUAAUGAUUAAAAAGUGUACAACACUUAUAGUGUGUUAACUACAUGAAAUUUCAAGAGAACAAAAAAGUUUUAUAAAAGUCUAUGCUCAAACAGCACCAUUUUAACGUAUAUUUUUUAUCUAUACAUAGCUGUAUUUUAUUUUUGUAUAAUGGCUGUUCCUCACAUUAAUGGGUUGCAGAAUAUUCCAUCAUAUUGGAGGAUAAACAUUCACGCCUUGAGGUUUGUUCUAGUGAGCCCAAUCAUUUGCCGUAGCAGAGUUUAUUCUGGACUCUUGGUUAAUAUUGUUUUAGAGCAAUUUUAUUUUAUUUGUAAAUUGUUUGCUGAAGAACAUUUCUACUUCUCUAGAGAAUGCACAUUAGUGCACACCUGCAUUUGGCAGAUCCAGCCCAUAUACUGUGCGGAUGUUUCGGUACACAACCCCAGCAACUUGGAUGUCCCUCUCAGUGUAUGCUGUCAUAGCUAACACCUUGCAUCCAGCCACUAUGUGCCCUCUCUCUAUUACUGAAUAAAAACUACAUUCAGUCUUGCUAAUUGGUAUUUGUAAGCGACUUUAUGUAAUUGUUGAGCUUGUAAAACUGCUGUCUGUAUAUGAUUAGACUGUCCACAAUGAAUUUUAUUAGUAUCUUUUCACCAGAGGAUGUACCAUGUGUGUUGUUAGUGGAGGUCUUUGAAGGAUGAAGCCCUAAAUGUUGGGUUCUUUAGUCUAGGUGUCUAGACAUGAUGGAGGGGCAGCUAAAUAUUAUUGUUUUCUUUUAAUAUCAUUCUUACAUCAGGCAACUGAUUCUUAAACAAUCAGCUGAUAUAGAAAAGACCACUAGUAUAGUUCUCCAGGCUAGUAUAGUUCUCCAGGCUACUAAGGGACUAGCAUUGCCCCUUACCCCUCAGGUGUUAGUCAUUGGUGGAGAGCUGGGCAUAUGGACUGUGCUGUAUCAUUUCUCUACCCUUUCACCAUUGCUUAAGUAAUGUAGCUAGGAAGGAUUGCAUUGAACACCUGGACAUACACUCUGACUACUUUUUUUCUUUGACAUCCUGGCUCAGUUAGUGGUCAAUGUUUGUAUAGAGAAACAGUUAUAUGGCUCCUAGGGUGGAGCCUUGGAGUAGGGGCAUGGAGUUUCCUUUUGCCCCAAGCCCCAUGUGUUUCUGGAAUCCAGUAACAGCCCUUGGAUGUGCAAAUUAGUAAAAGUUUUAAACAAUGUGUCAGGAUUACUGAUUGAUCCAGCAUUAGUGAUGUCCUGAACGGUUCGCCGCGGACUCAUCAUUGAGUAAACUUUGACCCUGUACCUCACAGUCAGCAGACACGUUCCAGCCAAUCAGCAGCAGACCCUCCCUCCCAGACCCUUCCACCUCCUGGACAGCUCACUAAGAAUGCAGCUUCACAAUAAAUGUAAAAUGGAUGCUGUCCAGGAGGUGGGAGGGUCUGCUGCUGAUUGGCUGGAAUGUGUCUGCUGACUGUGAGGUACAGGGUAAAAGUUUACUCAAUGAUGAGUCCUCGGCGAAACGUUCGCGGCGAACCGUUCGCGAACUGUUCGACGAACCACUCGGGACAUCACUAUCCAGCAUGUAGAACUGUAUCACACCUAGGACUAAAAGGUAACAUCUUACCGGGCCUAAGAAUGGUCAGACUUAACGUACCAAAGAAUAGUCAGGAUACUUGCCGAGGUUGGGGGGCACAGAAUGGGACACAAGGAUAAGUGAAAGCCAGAAAUCAGGGAUACCAGAAUACAGGGAAGUCAAACAAAGCCUGCAUCCACAAACAUGUUGCAAGAGUCAUUUAUACAGACGCACGGCCGCUGGGCGCAAAUACGCAAGGUGAGGAGGAAUAUGUUACACAAUGUCUAUAUGCAUAAUGCUGAAUGUAGAGAAACUUUAUUAUGUUAUUACUUUAUUUAUAAAGUGCCAACACAUUCCAUAGCACUGUCCAUGGGAUCUAUUGGUACAAGUAAAAAGACAAAGACACAAUACACCUAUGCUUCUAUUGACAUACAUUUCCCGUAGGAGUUAUUAAUUGAUACAUUUUAUCUGGGUUGGGAGUUAAUUGUUGGGCUCCUUCUCCUCUGUUAUUUUGCAUAGCAAGUGAGUAAACACUUUUACAACAUAGCUUCCAUUUAUUAUAUCUACCUAUCAAAUUAUCAUAAGUAUAUAUUUUGGAACAGUCUGAAUAUGGAAGCAGUGUCUGAGUAUUUGGAUGUAUUCCUCUGGUUUUCCUUGUACACAAUGGAGAGCAAGCUGUGUAUAAUUUUUGGUGCAUAUGUAUGUAGGGCUAAUGUGACCCCAUAGAAUCCAUACCCCUCUGUUUCAAUUUGUUAUACAUGUUUGGGACUGGGGGCCAAAAAUAAAGAAUAUAUGUCACUUUUCUACCUCUGAGCAUUACCUGUCAGGGAACUUAUAUAUAAGGGACAAUCUUUAAUAGUGGGCAGAGCCAGAUUAAGAGCACAUUGGGCCUGGUGCUGACAAUUAUGAUGGCCUAAUUACAGAAUCUUAUUGACAGAAAACACUAAAACUAAACUUCCCAAGUAUCAUGUAUCUAGCGGAGGAGGUGCUGGAGGGAAGCUCACAGGAUGAAGCUAUAAGAAAACACAUGCCCUAUGCUAAUGUCUCACUUUCCUCUUUCAUGUAAAUCCAAACUCCCUAACAGCAGUGUCUGGUGAAGCAGGAUGUCAGUGGGUGGGGUAACGUAACCAAACACGUAACCAAAACCGUCCAAGGGGGUGAACAUGCCCAAAAAGCGGACAUGUCUGCCUGAAGAUUAGAAGGUCAGCCUGGUGUAAAUGCAUGACAGGCUGCCUGCCAAUCAUGCAUGCUGGCAAACAAAGAGCAUACCAUGCAGACAGCACCCUGAGCUUGGCAUAAAUAUGUCUAAUGAUGCGCUAGCUCUACGUUUUCUAAGGACUGUCCCCUAGCACUCGCUGGUCCACUCCUCUCCUAACCUUCUUACUAGCAGACAGAAGCUCCUGUUAUAUAGUCUGGGACAGAGAAAAAAAGUGUAUGUAGCGAAUGUAGAAGAAAGGGAACAUGGCAUAGUGUUAGAGAGACUGAAGCAGCAAGAGCAUUUGCAUAGUGAGCAAAGUCAGCUUUACCUUAACUAAUUUUAUUGUCAGCCAGUCCACACUAGUUUUGUUCCCCUACAUCCCUCUUACGUUUCUGUAAUUAAGCAAGAGCAUGUGAAGAGUAGUAAAAAAAAACCUAUAUAUUUUAUUAAAAUCAGUGGGCCUUUUCCAUGGGCAUGGAGCUGCAGCUCCAUCAGCCCCUAUGUUAAUCUGGACCUGAUGGUGGGCCACAAACUGGGGUAUACAUUGUCCACUGCAAAUAUUUUAAAAAUGUUUGCACUUGGUUAAUAUAAUAUCUUCUUAUUUUCUCACAAUGUUUAAUACAAGAUGGUAUUUAAAAAUAAUUGUAUUUAUGUUGUAACAUUUGUUCUAAUUAUAGAUGUAUUUUUGUUUUGACAGUAUUUUCUUGUGAUGCUCUAAAUGUAAUUCAGUCGCCAAAGCGUUUAGUGUUACUGGAAGGAGAGAGCGCGGUUAUAAAUUGUACCUGGGAUCCUGACCAUAGAGCGAAGCAGAUCAGAGUGGAAUGGAGAAUAUCUAACAUUUCAUCAACAGAAGAGGAAAAUAAAACACUUUUAGCAUCUGUUCUAUGGAAAGGAAAUGAUACACGCAACGUUACACAAAGGAAUCACAAUAGGAGUACUUAUAAUUUAUCUAACGGUAAAGCAGAGCUACGGAUUAACUCUGUCACAGUGAGAGAUGAAGGAAUUUACUUCUGUGAGAUCAAUAUUGAAAUACCAAGACUUCAGCAUGGAAGAGGAAAUGGCACCGAAUUAGGUAUCAAUAAAUUAAACAAUACUGACAAUACUGGUAAGGAUAACUGUGGUAUGAAUGAAUACAUAAAGACUUUAAAAUUAUAACAUUACUUCCAUGAAACCAAUAUUGUAACUUGAAUAUAUAGGGGAGAGUUUCAGAGUUUCUUACACAAAUUCUCUAUAGAAUGGAGAAUAUUUUAUCAAAAUGCAUAAAAUAUUUUUACAAUACAGUACUAUGUUAGAAAUACCAAAGUAAAAAAGAGUGUGUGCAUAUUCUCUGUUUGUGUUUGUUUGGGGCUCUUUAGCAAGGCACAGUGAGCACAGGUUCCACAUCUAGAUUACCCUUUUUGGUUAGUGGGAGCCCUAGCAAAUUGCAUUGCAACAAAAACAGCCAUUAUGAGAACUCGGAGAAUGGACAAAAGCUUAAAGAAACUCAGGAGCUUGCCUUCCUCCAGUGUUGCUGUAUCUCUCAUGCAGAGGGAACUUGCGGCAUUUUGGUUCUGGACUGCCCUUAUAGGCAGGAUCAGUCUGAUAUGCAAAUUAUAUACGUCUUCUCUUCACAAGUGAGCAAAUACUUUUUUGAGACCUGAGUUGGAACUAACCAAAGGGCAAGCCACUGAGUUCCUCUAAACUUUUGUCUGUUCUCAGAAUUCUCAUAUUCUCUGUUUUUGCUGCAUUUGCUUGGGCUCUCCCUAAGCUAAAAGUUUGAUUUAGAUGUGGACCCCGUGCUCACUGUGUCUAGAGUAGUAUCUGCUACACAUUGCUGAGAAGACCCAAUGAAGGCCAAAACUAUCAUCCAGUGUUCCUGUAUUUCUCAUAUAGAGGGAACUUGCAGGCAAUUUGGUUCUGGACUGCCCCUACGUAUGGGAACUGUCUGAUACACAAAUAGAAUAGAAUGUCUUGGUAAUGGCAAAAGUGAGCAAAAACAUUUUAGAGACCUGAGUGGGAAUUAACCGAAAUGUUUCUCUAAGCAUUUGUCCAUUAUCAGAAUUCUCAUAUUCUCUGUUUUAAUCAAAAUAGGGAGCUUUUGUGUUUAGUAGUAGCUUUCAUUUUCAUUAUUUUGCUCUUUUAUUUGCUUAAUAGAUAAGUCCCUAAUUAUGGCAAUCCAACUUAAGGUUACUGAACACAGUGAAAUCCAGCAACUGCAGUGGGAGAGCAGGAAGAGAAAAAUAGUGCAAAAAUAUCAUCCUGCUUUUAUACAUGGCAGAAAGACAUUUUGCUUUAUACACACGAUGACACACUCACUCUCUACUCAGGCACAGAAUACCAUGCCUCCCAGCUGUCCUGCUUUUGGCGGGACAAUCCCGCAUCCGAGGACAUCUGGGAACUGUCCCUGCGCAGCACAGCAGUGCUCCCUGCAUGGUACUGAUAGCUGGGGCCCAACCAGGCAGAUUAUUAGCGGACGAGCCCGCCUCUUUUUUAGAUGCCCCUGCCCUUUUCUGGGCAGACCCAACCAUUGUGGGAAUCACUAGUGUUGUGGAUUGCGUCACUGAUGGCACACCAUCAUGGUCCCACCCCAUGUCCUGACUUCCUAAAGAUCCAAGUUGGAGAUAUGCUACACAUAAAAUACGCACAAUGAUACACACUUUUAUAUACACGCUCAGGCAUAGUGAACACACAAUGUGUCAUGGCCUGAGUAGUCUAGGUGUUGUUCAGCCAUGAAUUUGAACACAUUUCUGUGUCAAUACAGAUGCAAAGCAUCAUCCCUGCAUCUUUUUUAAUACUUAGUAUGUGCCCAGCAGAGGCGAUUGUCUAAUUAGGUGAGUUAGGCAGCUAACUCUGACUGCCAUUCUUGACCCCAGAAUGGCAGUUAGAUCUCUCCUUGGAUCAAUAUGCUACAUCCCACUAAUUAAAAACGAUAUUACUGAAUAUUAUGUUUUUGCCAACUUCUAGUUGCUUUUAAAAAAUCUGUACAGACUCAAAUAGAGAAUUCCACAUCCCAAUUGUUGUUACUGCAAAGAACCCUUUCCUUUGCCUUAUGCUAAAUCUCCUUCCUUCCAGUCUACAUGGGUGACCUUGUGUCCAAUGUACAGUCCUAUUUAUGAAAAGAUUUCCAGACAAAGAUUUGUAUUGACCCCAAAUAUUUUUGUAUGAUAUCCCCUGUGAUGUGCCAUUUUUCCAAACUGAAGAGCUUUAAAUGUGUUAGUCUUUCUUCUUAAUAAAAACCUUACAUUCCCCUUAGAAUUUUUUUUUAGCCCACCUCUUCAAUUUUUCUUGUGCCAUGAGAUCCUUCCAAAAGUGCUAAAAAUUACAAUGUUCAAGUUGUGGUCAUUUAUAAAGCGACAUGAUUGUAUGUUAGUCUAAAGACUUAAUGUCACUUUUUCUGCAUGACAGUACCUUACUAGCCUUAGAUAUUGUUGUCCAGUUUGUUGUCUAUAAUUAUUCCAAAAUCCUCCUCAUAUGUAGUUUCCUUAACUCACUACCAAUUAGGAUGUAAAUCACCUGUGUAUUCUUGACCCCAAAGUGCAUAAAUUAGCAUUUAUCUAUAUUAGAUUUCAUCUGCAUUUGUGUGCCCCGUCUCGAAAUAUAACUAAAACCCCCUGCAACAAAGUAAUAUCCUGCUCUCAUUAUAUUGCCUUCCAUCUGCCACAUGACUUUCAAUGAUUAUUUAAAGAUGAUUUAUUUAUUGGCUGAAUAGAAGUGGUCUCAGAACAGAUGCUGGAAGCAGACCACUUUCCACUUUUGUCAAGCUUGAAAAAUUCCCAAGCAGAUCACAUCCACUGCAACAUCCAGAUCUAUACUCUUACUUUCUUCUUUGUAUAAUGUGAUUAACCAUGCUGAUUGCUGCUAAUGACAUUGGUGUUUCCAAUGAAUUCCUGAAUAUUUAUUGUUAGUUACCCUACAAAUACUUUUUCAGCCACAGAAGUUAAAGCAACACAAUGCACACCUGGAGUGCUUUAUGUGUAGAGAGAGUGUGUCCUUUUUUUUUCUUUUUCAGAAAGUGCAGAUUUUAAAAGAAAUUGGCACAUUUAUAAAAGGAUGUUGUUACAAUCGGUGUCAAUUAGACAAGUCCUGUUACUUCCUGGUUUGGUUAGCUCAUUGGAGCUAAAUUUGAGAUGCAGACAAUUGCCCAGAGCAUCUGCCUUACAAAGACGUCUCAUUGAACUGAAUUGUGAAGUCCUUAAUUAGACAGCCAUUGUAUUUGGGCAAUGGAGUGUCCUUUUAAGAAUAACAAAAAUAAAUGUAUUAAGGCACUUCAAUGAUUAAUUAUUUAGCUUAAACAUCAAAAGUGCAUGUGCUGCUCUAAAUAGCAUGUGUCUUAGACAUCCAGAAAGUACAAAUAAACCAAAACAUAAAGUGUGCAUAAUGCUAUAGAUAACCCACCAAAGCAUUGUGGUUUAAAAUAGUAGAGGAAAAAUAAUACUUCCCCUUUAAAUCUUCUUGUUAUUUUUAUGGAUUUUUAUAUGUUCCUUAGACUUUGUAAGAUUUUACAUUCAUGUAUUCAUUAUGCACAUAUAAGGAGAUUUAAACAGGAAAUAUUUUUCUUUCUUUUUUCCCUGUACUAUUUAAUGCCACUAAUCUUUGGGAUUUCAUUUUGAGCUCACAGGUCUGUAAUUUCUAAGCAGACAUAUUGAACUCUUUUUGAAUAUAAGUACCACAUAUGCAUUUCUUGAAACAUCUGUUAUGAUUCCUGAAAAAGGAGUUAUGAAAGAUUAAAAACAAAGGUUCUGUUAUGUCCACACUUAGCUCAUUAACUACUCAUGGAUGAAUACCAUUUGGCCAUUGUUUGCAUUAGCUUUCUGCAAUGCUUUGUCUUAAGUUAUCCAAUCACAAUUUGUAUAUGUUUUUUUGCAGCACAAAAAGAGUUUGUGCCAGUUAAUGAGUUAAAAUUCCCCUUACUAUAAAAUAUGUUUUAGUAUACCCCAUGUGGAUUUGCUUUCUUUAUUUCAAGACAUCACAUUGCGGUCAGCAUUUCCCAAUUAUUCCCUUAUCUGAAUGUUUGACAAAAGAUCAACAUUGUUUGUUAUAACCAGAAACAGACAAGCAUCCUUUCUAGUUGGUGCUUCUACCAAUUGUGACAUGAAGGUGUCAUUUAACAGGUUUAAAAACCUGAUCAACUGUUCCCUCUAUCCUAAAUGUGUAACUUUCCCAAUUUGCUCUAACAGCUGUUUGCUCUAAUCAAUAUUAAUAUUAGGGGGUUUAUAGCAUUUUCCAGCUUAUAAUUGAUUUCCCCUCUUUUGCCUAAGCAGAUAUCUACCCAUUAAGGCUUCCACAUUUUUCAGUUUUCCUUGUCACAUAUCACUUGCUUACUAUUUGGUUUAUCUCGUGGUUGACAUAAAUACAUACAUACCCCUCUACCUUUCCAUUUUUUUUCAUCCUUAAUGAAUGACAUGGAAACAUUUAAUUACCCAAUUUUAUGUGGCUCAUCUCACAAUGUUUCAGUAAUAUUUAUUAUCUCAUAUUGCUUAGUGAAUGCUAUUGCCUAUAGUUCACCCAUUUUGUUAUUGAGGCUCCUUGCAUUAGUAAGCAUAAAUGUAAUAUUGUCACAAGCCACUGGUACUGCGUGCACAUUUUUAUUAUAUACCUCCUCUCUUCCGAUCUUACCAUUCCCCCCAAUUCCACCCCUUGUUGUGAACUAAAUCCCAUCUUCUUUCUACUCUGUCUUUGUUUUGUAGACUUUUGUGUCACACCCACCACUACCACCACUAGUUUUAAAUAUCCUCCAACCUUUUAAAGAUCCCAUCCCCCAGUACAGCAGAUCCUCUUUUUUAUUCAAGUGAUGGAGGACAGAAUGAUUUUUGUUGCACUUUAACAAGUGCCUAGUAGGUAAUGUGCAGAUUACCUAGGUAAUGUGAGAAAUAUUUGAGAAACAAAAUCAUUUUCUGCACUUUAACUGAUCGCCCUAGUUAAUCGGCAGAUUAACUAGGUAAUGUGCACAUUAACUGAUUUCUGCACUCUAACUGUAACAUAUAUAUAUAUAUACAUAUAUAUUGUGUUCAAGUAGAGAUUGUAGCAGUAUAUUUUAAUAUAUAUAUAUAUAUAUAUACAUAUAUAUAUUAAAAUAAAUAAGUGUUCUCACCAUGAGAAUCCAUGCUGAGUUCAGUGCUAUGUUAGCUGAAUAGUCCUAUAACAAUGAUAUUAUUAUUAAUGCAUACUAUCUUAUUUUAAUAUGUUAAUUUUCAGCUGUCUUUUCAGGAUUUUCAAAUUGGCUUGACAAAUACAAAUGGUACCUAACGCCGAUCUCCGCUAUCAUCAUUCCUGUUUUGAUAUUAGUGUACUGCUUAUACCGCAAGAGGAAAAGAAGAAGAGGUAUUUUUAUGUUCCUUAUUAUAAAUAGAAAUUUGAAUUUAAGAUAAAAACAUAUAUAUGUAAGAAUUAUUUCAUAAAAUGGAUGUCAUGUUUGUGAGCCAGAAUAUAUGUGUGGAUCGUGUUUAGUGCAUUGACAGAUGGACAGACAGAGACAGAGGAAUUCAUUAAAUGUGCUGUGCGCUACCAGUUGAUCUUGUUAAUCAUGUUGCACUUAAAUAUGCAAGUAAAGAACUGGCAUGUCACACCAUGCUAUCAUGCCAUACCCAUACUGUCAGGAUGGUAUGACAGUUCGUCAUUUGGAAAGUGUUUAAUCCUGCAAAACAAUUCUAGCAUGUAAAAAAAAAAAAAUCAGAACAGGUUAAGCAGUAUAAAAAUGUCUGAAUACACAAAGCCAUUAUUUUUAUACCUAGUAGAACAGGUACAUCCAUUCUUCCAUAAUAUGUAAAUACGUAGCUUACAAUUGAUAUUUUCUAUCCAGUGGCCCAUUGUUUGAUGUGCAGAUGAACACAUGGUCUUCUUGGACCUUUUUUCCAACUUGCUCAAUGUGCAAGCCAUUAAAUAAACUAAAAUAUGAUCAUGUUCAUGUGUCUUUAAAUUGAUUCACAACACCUCUGUGACAAUGCAAGAAUUUACUUUCACCUAAUACUGCUAUCCAAAUAUUUUCACAAGAGACUAUUAUCGGUAGAGAAAGCUAAAAUCAAACAGAGAGGCGAUAAACUCAGCUAUGUACUAACAGUGGAAAAGCAAACAAACAACAAACAAAAGUAAUUUGUCAUAGACAAAAUAGUCUAAUUUGAUUGGAUCUGAACCUGUUGCACAAAAAUCUUUCUAAAGCUAUCAGAAUGGAACUAUUGCAAAAGUGCAAAACAUCUACAAUUUCUCCAUGACAACAGAGUGCUGCUUUGUGUGUUUGUAGUUGAUAGUGCAUUACUUGAGAUCUUCGCAAAAUAGCGCUGGAGGGAGAGCUCAGCGGUUGGCUGUACUGACAGCUCAGCACAACAUGUGUACCUGUGUCUUUGUGUAUCUAAGUGUAUGCAUAAGUGUGUCAGUGUGUGUAUCAGUAUGUAUGUCAGUGUGUAUGUGUACCUGUGUUUCUGUGUAUCAUUGUGUGCACAUAUCUGUGUCAGUUUGUGCAUGUAUACAUCUGUAUACAUUUAAGUGUGUAUGUGUACCAGUGUAUCUAUGUGUACCUGAGUUUGUGUGCAUAUCUGUGUCUGUGUGUCAGUGUGUGUAUAUCUGUGUGUGGCAGGGCAUACAUCCAAGCAUUCAAAUGACAACACUGCUCACAAAUACGCCACUCCAUUCAAGCACCAACACAGCACACAAAUGUGCCUGUGAAUUCAGGCAUCACUUCUGCAUUGAAACACCAACACUAUGCAAAAAAUACACUGUUGCACUCAAACACACACAAUACACACAAACACUGCCCUGCAUUCAAAUGACAACAGUGGAUGCAAACAAACAAAUGCAUUCAAACAUCAAUACUACACACAAAUACACACUUAUUGUUGCAAGAUAGUAAUACAUUGCGUUUAUGACAUUGUGUGCAGCUGUUCUUUGUGCACUGCUUUUCUUGUUUGCGCGUAUGUGUAGUUAUAAAUUUUAUGCAUUCACCCUAAGUUCCAUACCUAUUGAAUUUGGCCCUCCAGAAGAAAUACGUGUGACACUCCUGAUCUAGACCCCCAAUACAUGUUUGGAAAGUUCUAGAUAGCUGAUUGUACAUUCCCUGGUUAAAUAUUUUGAUAUUACUAUUAAGAUUUUUAUGUGCAAGUUGUUUCAACCUGCUCUAGACCCUAAGUGCAAAAUAUAUAUUUUCACAUCUGGACUGCAUGGGCCCAUAGUAAAUGGAAUGCCAAAGGUAUUGCAUUAAUAAAACGUUAAAAAUAAAAAUAUAAGGACACAGUUAGCACUUAUUAAAAAGUAAUGCACUUCAAAACACUGAUGUGUAUCACAGAGGAUCUGAGACCACCAACUUCAGCAAACGACAUGUUUUUCAAGAUGUUCUCGUGGGUGGAAGCCCCAGUGUUCAUCGCUCAAUGUGGUUUGAAGAACAUUCAGAGGUUGAUCUUUACCACAGAGAAACCAAGGUGCAAACUAUAGACAGAAUUACUGUUUUCCCCUAAAAUUAAGCUAACAAGGUUUUUAUCUUAAUUUAAAAUCUCAUAAAAUCUCAUGCAGAAUAUUUUUUGUUUUUGUGAAAGUAAUUGUAAAUUAAAUGGAAUGAUUGUCACAAAAUCAGAAAGGAUUAAUUGUAAGGCGUGUGUGGUCUUUCUCUAUUCUUCUUGAAUUAACAUAUUGGAAGUGUUCUGGAAUAUGUUUAAACAUUGAUUAAUUAAUAGUGAUGGGGCAGACAUCUUGUAUUUUGUUUUUUGUUUUUAUUUCUGACACAGCUGCUAAGGUGUAUCUUUUCCCUAUAAAAUAAGAAAUAUCAAUUGAGAUAUUACUAGUAUGCCUUAAACACUUGUUAUUCCAAUGCUGAUUAGACAAAGUUUUUGCAAGAAAAACUGCUUUAUUUUAUUUUUAUUAUUCUCUGUUUUGUGAUACAAUUUCUGCCACACUGUACACCUUAUACCUGUCUCGUUAGUUUUGAAUGGAGAGAGGCUUUUUUAAAUUAAAAAAUGUAAAUCCUUGCCUGCUAUUUACAGACAAUAUAAUUUGUAUUCUCUCUCUCUCCUCAUACUUCUAAUACUAAAUUGGUUACUUGGUAUUUAACCUCUAUUCUUAAGCACAUCCACUAACUACUGGUAUUUCCUGGUACAUUUUCCUUUUAGGGCGAUUUUGCAUAAAGUCUCUUUUUAUAAAUAUUUAUAUCAGUAUAGCUUGGUGGAGCUCACUGUUAGCUUUAUCUUUCAACCUUGAUUCAACCUUAUUCAGACAUAGGAGUUAGCUUUAUAAAACUGUCUUUAAAUCUAUUUUGUGUUUUAUUGCAGGAUCUCUUAUUAUUACUUAUUCUGUUACAAGUUUGACAAUUUUAAUACAUCUACAAUGAAUAACUGUUUCUAAUAUAUCCAGGGUGUACACAGGUCUCACUUUAGGUGAACCAUUGUACAUGCUUUUGCACUAUUUUUUCUCAUUAAAUCUACUUAGGGUUAUGCCCUAAGAGACCCCUGGAGUCUCUCAUCGGUGGAAGGUAAUUGGAACAGGAUAGACACAAGUAUUUGUGCUGUAUCUUAUCCUGUUCCCAUAAUUUAUCCUGUCUUGUGUAUGUUUGUAUUUUAAGAAUGAGAGACAGAAUAACAAAAAAAAAAAAAAUCCAGAGAAAUGCAUAUCAAAAAAGUUGAUUUGCAUGUCAAUAAGUGAAAUAAGUAUUUGAUCCCCUAUAAAUCAGCAAGAUAUUAUGCUCCCAGGUUUCUUUUAUACAGGUAACAAGCUGAGAUUAGAAACUCUUAAAGGGAGGUCUCCUAAUCUCAGCUCGUUACCUGUAUAAAAAAAGACACCUGUCCACAGAAUCAAUCAAUCAAUCACAUUCCAAACUCCCCACCAUGGCCAAGACUGAAGAGCUGUCCAAGGAUGUCAGGGACAAGAUUGUAGACCUACACAAGGCUGGAGUGGGCUACAAGACCAUCGCCAAGCAGCUUGGUGAGAAUGUAACAACAGUUGGUGUGAUUAUUCGCAAAUGGAAGAAACACAAAAUAACUGUCAGUCUCCUUUGAUCUGGUGCACCAUGCAAGAUCUCACCGCAUGGAGUUUCAAUGAUCAUUAGAACGUGAGGAAACACCCGUAACUACACAGGAGGAUCUUGUUAAUGAUCUCAAGAUAGCUGGGACCAUACUCAAUAAGAAAACAAUUGGUAACACACUACGCCAUGAUGGAUUGAAAUACUGCAGCGCUUGUAAGGUUCCCGUGCUCAAGAAAGCACAUGUACAGGCUAAAGUUUACCAAUACAAAAUAGCUUCCACCAAAUCACCCGUGGAAUAAAAAGUUAAACUUAACUUUGGAUACUUGCUUCCCUUCAGUUACCUCCCAAAAUGGUAACUAUAUAAAAAGUAUAAUAUGGUACAUAUGGAAUAGGGAUCCAGCUUGUAUCACUAAAACAUAAAUAAAAAAUACAACAUAGCGUAAUACUGUUGUGGUCUUAUUAAUUGCCCAAUGGUUCAAGGUUACACUCACAGAUUUGUUGUAUAUAGUAAGCCUUCAGGUUGCCACCCCUAUAGGUAGGGAGGUAGGUCCUGUUCAUUUGUAGUAACGCCAAUCUGGAGAUCAAGAAGGUCACACUCUCCCAAUGGUUGAAAGUAGAAAACAAUGGAUUUAUUGGCAUAUAGUAAAAUUAAAAUAACAUAUUUUAAUUUAAUUUUACUAUAUGCCAAUAAAUCCAUUGUUUUCUACUUUCAACCAUUGGGAGAGUGUGAACUUCUUGGUCUCCAGAUUGGCGUUACCUACCCCCUUACCUAUAGGGGUGGCAACCUGAAGGCUUACUAUAUACAACAAAUCUGUGAGUGUAACCUUGAACCAUUGGGCAAUUAAUAAGACCACAACAGUAUUACGCCUAUGUUGUAUUUUUUAUUUAUGUUUUAGUGAUACAAGCUGGAUCCCUAUUCCAUAUGUACCAUAUUAAAGUUUACCAAUGAAUGUCUGAAUGAUUCAGAGGAGAACUGUCUGAAAGUGUUGUGGUUAGAUGAAACCAAAAUUGAGCUAUUUGGCAUUAACUCAACGCAUCAAGUUUGGAGGAGGAGGAAUGCUGCCUAUGACCCCAAGAACACCAUCCCCACCAUCAAACAAGGAGGUGGAAACAUUAUGCUUUGGGGGUGUUUUUCUGCUAAAGGCACAGGACAACUGCACCGCAUAACAGGGACGAUGGUCGGGGCCAUGUACUGUCAAAUCUUGGGUGAGAACCUCCUUCCCUGGGUUGUGGGUGGGUAUUCCAGCAUGAAUGCUGUGUGCAAACCUGGUGGGCAACCAGAAGAAACAUCUGACCUAUGUGAUUGCCAACAAGGUUUUUGCCACCAAGUACUAAGUCUAAGGGGUCAAAUACUUAUUUCACUCAUUGACAUGCAAAUCAAUAACUUUUUUGACAUUUGUUUUUCUGGAUUUUUUUUUGUUAUUCUGUCUCUCACUGUUAAAAUACACCUACCAUUAAAAUUAUAGACUGAUCAUUUCUUUGUCAGUGGGCAAACAUUCAAAAUCAGCAGGGGACCAAAUACUUUUUUCCCUCACUGUAUUACCAAGGGAAGAUGUGAAAGGCAAAAAAAAUAAAAAUAAGAUUGCAUCUACUAUCAACAUUAGUUGUAUAUAAUUCUGUGUAAAUAUGUUUUUUUUUCUUGAAGCUGUAUGAUAUCUGAAAGUUUUGUUCUCUUAUAGAAUGCUUCCAGGAUCACAUUUACAGUAAUGAAAGAAGAAGACCCAAGAACGCGAAGAACGUGAAGAACGCGAAGACAGCGAAGAACGCGAAGAACGCGAAGAACGUGAAGACAGGGAAUACUGUGAAGCGAUGAGCUCCUCAUCAUUGAAGUAAGCAAUAUAUUAUUUAAUGGCAUAUUACCUUUUGAUUUGGUUCAUCACAUGCCUGAUACCACAUACAUUACGGAUAACUAUUCUUGGGAUAAUCCAUUAGUCAACUGUUUUCAUGUGUAUAAUAUUCACUUUUGAUAUGUAUUUUAUGUAGUUUGUAUUUGGCCUAGAAGAGUAUAGGUUUGUUUAAUAUAUCUACCAUUAUCAAAUGUCUCUCUGGUGCUGGCCAUGCUUUAAGCUGUCUUUCUAUAUCAAGAAUUAAACCCUGACAUUUUGUGUGUCAGAAAGUGAUGAAAGAGUUAUGGUGCCAUGUGUUUUCUCAUAAAUUUAACUAAUUACAGAAAUUUAAUCUUUAGCAUCUGCUAAAGAUACUGAAAUUCCUUGUACUAACAAUACAUUUAUUAGCUCUUGUUUCUGUGUUGGUCCUAGACCCCAUAUAAUGAGUUUAUUCUGUCAUUAAGCCAUAGUUGUCCUGUUGUGACUCUUAUAUUUUAAUUAGAGGUGCUCCUUGUCCAUAAUGGGUUACAUUAAUACCAGUGCCUCUGUUCACUGUCUGCUGCAGUACUUGUUUUUGAGAAUGAUAAAAUAUGACAAUAUUGUAUAACGAGUUAAUGAAGCAAACAAAAAAACUGGCGAAAAAUGUACAAAAAGAAAUGAAUGCAUUUAUUUUUACAGCAAAUUAAUAAUCUUCUUUUAUUAAAAAAGAAUCUAUCACUGUAGAUAUUAAUUAUAAGCUAGUGGUGAUAUUUUAUGAAAAACUAGUUAAUAGUACCAUGAAAAAACAGAUUAUUGAUCAGAGUUAUGGUACAUUGUAAACCAAUUAGCAAAAUUAAUGUUUGUCACAACUUGGCUUCCUUUUUUUGAGCUAGGACCAGAAUGCAGGAUAGAAUGCACCUCUGCUAAUUACUGAUGUGUAAGAAACCCUUGAAUGGAAAGUGUCUUCUAGGGAGUAAGUGGUAGUGCUGGGGAUAACACAAACCAUAACAAAGGGGAUUGAAAAUUAACAGCUUGAAGAAACAUGACGUAGAAACUGAGGCUUGUUAAACACCACAACCAAUCAUAAGGAAACAGUGUGGUCAGGUGUAGUCUAAUCUUCAGAGCAGGUAGUGGAGAUUCAUAGUCCACAAGGCAAGUCAUGGGUCAGAUAUCCAUUCAUGUACAUUCUCUGCUGGUAAAAUAGAGGGACAAUUCCCACUCCCACCUCACCAUGAAAAUGGAAAGAAAAUUCACUUGUGGAGUAUUAAUUAUGAGAUGUUGUGACAUGUCCUGGUGGCAGCAACUGCUCACCUAAGUGGGGAGUCUGCACAUAUUACUGUGCACACACAGACUUACCUCACCACAAUUGUAACAUGUGUGUGCCUAAAACAGUGUGUUCAUGAAUAAUGUGUGUAGACUAUAUAGUUAAAUGCAUAUACACUUUACAUGUUUAAUGGCUAGGUGACCAAUUUAGCAGAAAUUAGGUCACUGAGCAAGCAGGUCCUUCCUACAGUGGUCAUUGCGGUCAGAUCUUUAGUAAAGUUCAUCUGUGACAAAGCAUAUUUAGAACCAAAGCUUCUACAUAAAUAUUUGCUACUGAAUGUAUAGGUCUAUGGGGAAAUAGUGUAUUAGUAAAAAGACCACUUUUAUAACAGCACCAAGCUACAGAAAUGUAUUGAAGAAAUAGCUUACAUAUUAAAAGCAUUGUAAAAGGAAUAUCACUGUAAUGAAUAAAUAAACAACUGGAAACUUAUGUUGUUUUGUCAUAUAAUUACAGCCUUGGGAAGCCACCAGAUACUUCUAAUUCAUCUUUAUUGCACUUUGAUUAAUUUCUUACAGAUACACAAUAUGGCCAAAAGUGUUCGGACACCUGACUGUGAUAAAAGAUUGUUGGACAUCACAUUCCCUUCAACAGCUAUAACAUCUGCCAUUCUUCAGGGAAGGCUUACCACAGAAUUUUGGGUUGUGUCUGUUGAAAUGUGUGCCUAUUCAGCCAGAAGAACAUUUGUGAGGUCCGGAACUAACGUUCGAUGAGAAGGUCUGACUCAGAAUCAGUGUUUAAAUUGAUCCCAAAGGUGCUCAGUGGGUUUAAGGUCGGGGCUCUGUGAAGGCCACUCGAGCUACACCAAACUCAUCAAACUGUAUCUUCAUGAAUCCCCCUUUGUGCAUAUAGACACAGUCACACUGGAACAUGAAAGCACCGUUUCCAAACGGUUGCCGCCAAGUUGGAAGUACCCAGUUGUCUAUAAUGUCUUUGUAUCCUGUAGCAUUAAGUUGAUCAUUCACUGAAACUAAGGGGCCUAGCACAAACUUUGAAAAACAGCCGCAGAUCAUUAUUACUUUUCCACAAAACUUUAAAGUAUGCACUAUGCAUUUCGGUAGCUAGCGUUCUCCUGGCAUCCGUUACACCCAGAGUCUUCCAUCAGAUCAUCAGAUAAUGAAGCACCAUAUUCUAGAGAACGCAUUUCCAGUGGAGUCCUGCAUUAGCCAACUCCAGUUGGCCUGGCAUUGCACAUGUGGAUGUGAGGCUUGUGUACAGCUGCUCAGCCAAGGAAACCAUUUUCAUGAGUUCCUGAUGCAGAGUUCCCAUGCUGAUGUUACUCCCAGAGGAAAUUUAGAACUCUGUAGUUAGUACUGGAACGUAUUAUUACAGAUACACGUUUUAGCAUUGGGCACCCUCAAUCUUUUAAUAUGUGGAUUAUUGCUUUGAGACAGGGCUAUUGUUGCUUCUAGAUGCUACCACCUCACAAUGAUAGCACUUACAGUUGCUGGGGCAGAACUACUACUGCAGAAAUUUCACAAACUGACUUAUUCCAAAGGUGGCAUCCUAUGACAAUGCUAUGUAUAAAGUUACUGAGAUCUUCAAUGCAACAUAUUGUACUACAAAUGGUAGUCUAUUGAGUUUUCAAGGCUUUGUGCUGAAUGUUAUGCACAUAUUAGUAAUGGGCAAGGUUGAAACAUCUGAACUCAGUAAUUAGUAUGGAUGUUCACAUAAAUUUGGCCAUAUAGUGUAUUUUAUUUAUUUAUGUUAAUGUAAAUAAUAAACAAUGUUAUUAAAAGUAUAAAUACAAUGUCCUGUAACAU